UCGAAUAUCACGUCUGUCUUUCGCUGUAUCACUCGAUUCCGUUUUUCAUCCAAAAAUCGCGGCACUGUUUAAGCUGAAGCCUCUCGUCCACGUGGAUCUGACAGCACAGAUUGUUAGUAUGAUACACAAAUCGUCCUCUGUAUCCUAAGCCGGGGGUUGGGAGGGGAUAAUCAAAUCUUUUGACCCCAGCCAUCAUUCCCAGGAUAACGGGCACAGAGCCACUCUACUACUCUACAGCCUCAACUGUUGUUUCCUCUCGCCGACAUCUGCUGCAUGUUUCUCACAUUUGCAUCCGAUGCAACAAGAGCUCUGUAUUAGGAUGGUGAUGGACCACUUUCAUACCAAUUCCUGAAGACGAAAUCAGUUUAUUUGGAACAGAACAUUUCAUCUUUUUUUUUUUUUUUUAAUAUAUAUUUACUGAAAGAGUAUUGUAACAAUCAAGAGCCUGGUGUGACAUGAUGGAGAGUGUGGAGAAGGAGUGCGGUGCUCUAGGUGGAUUGUUUCAGGCGAUCGUCAACGAUAUGAAGUUCUCAUACCCAGUGUGGGAAGAUUUCAUUGCAAAGGCCACAAAACUACACUCCCAGCUAAGAACCACAGUGUUUGCGGCUGCAGCAUUUCUUGAUGCUUUUCAGAAGGUGGCAGACAUGGCAACCAACACGAGAGGUGCCACCAGGGAUAUUGGCUCAGCUUUGACCCGGAUGUGCAUGCGACACCGCAGCAUCGAAGCCAAACUGCGCUACUUCUCCAAUGCUCUAAUGGAAAAAAUGAUUGCCCCACUCCAAGACAAGAUAGAAGAGUGGAAGAAAACAGCCGCGCUGCUUGAUAAAGACCAUGCCAAAGAGUACAAGCGCUCUAGGCAGGAAAUCAAGAAGAAGUCAUCUGACACAAUAAAGCUGCAGAAGAAAGCCAGAAAAGGUCAGUCUUUUUGUUCUCUCUGUAGCACAGUGAUUCCUUCUCCUUAUCACACUCUCUCUCUGUGUUAUUAUCAGAGGAUUACUGCAUGUUUAAUAAUUUGUGAAAUUGUGUCGUGCUGGGAUCUUUUCUUACUCACCCACUUCACUUGCAUGCUUACUUUUUCUGAUGCCAAGAUUAAUUAGGUCAAAUACAGAUUAUAAAAUUCAAGAGUUGGAUCAAAAUGUCAU